GAACGUGACUCGGAGAUUGAGCGUUUGACUCAGCUUCUUUCGGCUCGUGACGCUGAGUACGCUGUGCUCCAGGGGAUCUCGACCAAGCACUUCGAGCAACUGCAGGAGUCGGCUCGGCUACUCAUUUCUGGAGACGCCCAGCCUCUCCGUGAUGCCAAGGCUACCAUCAAACACCAGCGUGAGGCCAUCCUCCGGCAGAAGCGUGUCAUUUCUCGCAUGGGUCUUUUACCCAUGCACGAUCCUCACAUGGCUGCUACAGCUGCAGCCGGGUUGGACGCGCCUGGGUUGAGCCCUGCUGACUUGCAGCUCAAUGCUCGGUUAUGCCGGAUCCUGGCUCAACGUUUCCCGGAGGUGAUGGACAUCCCGGCUGGAGAGACUCGUCGAGUCGAGUUGACCAUCCACCCGCGAGCGGACGGCGCCGCUACUACUCCGCCAGCGCCCGUGAGCUCGGCUGGUUCGUUCCUUGGACAAUCAACUCGGCUGACUGAGUCUGAGGCUCCGGCCCCUCCAAGCGAGUCUCCCGCAUCAUCUGCCGCCAAUCCUGUGUCGGCUGGUGCGGUUUCUAUGCCCGUGUCCAUUUCUGCUUCGCGUCAUCGCCGCAGCAAGUCGGUCGACCAGGUUCACCGAGCUCGGCUGGAUACUCUGACACCUACCGAAAAAUUACUUCGCUCCUCAAACCCGAAGUCAGCGACGGCGGCUGGUUCUCAGCGCAAGCCCAAGAAGCCACUCGAGCAGCCGUACGCGUGUCCACUUCCUGGUGAGGUCGGCCAUGAGGACGCGUUGGUCCAGCUUGAAAAGGCUGCCCAAGAGACUGACGCCGCAUGCGACCUAUCGCUCCGGUCGAGCUUGAACUUAGCCGGGUUGACUGUCGACUAUGUGAAUGUGGAGGCCGGCGACGAGGUUCACUCGCUGGAAGAGGACCUCUCGUUCGAGUUCACCGAAGUGCCUGGUUCCGCUGAGCUUCCGAGGGGGCCCGCCGGCCCGACCAUGAGUGUGCUGUCCGUGCAACUCGUGCCUUACUCUUCCUCCCCGGUGCAGACGCCUUCAAGCGGAGUGGCUGUUGUAUCGUUGCCUGGAUCUGCUGACCUUGCUGCAACUCCGUCCGCUAUUUCGCUUCCUGCCUCGGUUCCGUUCCCGACUCGUGUCCGAUGGGUUCCUCCCUCGACCAGCGUGCCGAGCGCGGCUGUGGUGACAUCGACUGCCGGCGCCGGAGGACAACCGGGUUCCUCUGCUCCCGAUCCGGCGCUUGCUACAACGCAUGCUGUGAUUGCGCCGAGCUCGACGGCUGGAGUCUCGGCUGCGGGUACAAUUAACAGCUCCGCUGCGAUUCCGCCUCGGGUUUCGCAGUCUUCUCCGAGUUCGGCCGCUCACCGGCUCUUGGCAUGUACUCGUUCCCGGUUUGCCAAUCAAGCCCAGAGUCGUCGUGGCCCGCCAGGGGUGGCGUCGACUGUAGUCACUCCAAUGCCGAGCACUCCGUCGGUGGCCUCGACCCGGCCAGCGGUUCCUCCAAGCUCAGCUGGGAUGACUUCUCCAUCGGGUCGCCCUUUACGCUCCACUGCGGCUACUGCCCGAGUGUUGAACGCUCACUGCUUGGAUCUGUUAGAGACUCCUGACUAUCUCGUCCUCCGGUCCGCUCGGCGUAGCUCUUCCUCUGGUUCGUCGGGCUCGGCUCUUGGAUUGAAUGCCCCCGGAACCUCAGCACACCCGUUGUCUGUGUCCGAGAGCUCUGAGUCUGAGGCUGACGACCCUGGAUCUGCUGACGAGCUUAGUUCGGCCGACCCUGACGCAUCUCGCCGGGCUUCGUUAGCUUCUGCGCUCCCACCUCCGCACGGGAAGCUCCAGAGCUACAUCGCUGCUCGUCAAUCGCCUCUCGUUCCGUCCAGCGAGUCAGGUGACUCAGACUCGCAGCCAAGUUCCAAGAAGCAGAGCGGUAAGGGCAAGCGCAAGCGGAGUCGCAAGCACAAGCACAAGCACGAGCACAAGCACAAACACAAGUCGAAGUCGGCAGGGUCAAAGAAGUCGAAGAGGUCUGCGUCUCCGGACUCGGCUAAGGACCCCCGCCCGUCCAAGCGUCAGCGAGGUUCGACUGGGGACUCGGCCGUCGGUCCGGCUGAGGUUUCUGCCGCUUCCAGCUCGACUACCAACUCGGCUGGGAGCUCUGGCAUCCCAUCGAGCUCGGCUGUUUCGCCGUCACCUAUUUCUGCUGGUCCAGCUUCAACCCUGUCGGUUUCUAUCGUAACCGCUCAUGACGCUGGCGCCCACGUUCUCCCUCAGUUACCUGCAGCUUUACGCUAUUCGCUCGCUCAGCUGCGCACUCGAGCUCGCCAGGCGGUCGGUCGAGACGCUCGGAUCACUCCCCAGCUGGCUCAGCUGCGCGACAUCCGCUUCGUUCAUUACGGGUCUCGGCGGUGCUGGGAGGCUAUCCUCAGCCAUCAAACGGCCAAGGUCACUGUGGAUGACGCGUCGGGGAAGGGCAGCGUGCCGGUUACGCUCUGUUCUCUCGCUGGGAUUAAAGCGUUCGCGGACGUCUACCAUCCGGAUCACCCGGAUCAGCGGCUUCUUCGUCUGCUUCCCAAGACUCCCAUCUUCUUCUCCCCUCAAGUCCUCAACGACGCCAAGAGCCGGUUGGCGAGCUCGGCGAAGUCGGUGACCUUGAUGGAGCGUCUCGCAGAAGUGUUCGUGAAGAUCCGCGGGGAGGCUCCGAACUCGGCUUGUGACAAGGAGGGUCCUACCAAGUUCUUCGUAGCACUGUUCGAGCGGUGUCACUGGAUGGUCGAGUCGAGUGUGCUGAUGGGGCUACAUCCGGCUUUUCACACGGGGCUCCCGUAUCACGUGAUAGCCGAGAUGUAUGACACGUGGGUGUUGUACAAGUUGGCUCGCAAGCGUCGACGCGAUGCUCUCCGAAGCCUCAUGACUAUCCUGCCGGACGACCUGUUCACUGCAGUGAUGAAGCUUCUUGGCGGUCUUGCUGCUCCGGAGGCCGAUGCGGAGCUCUUCUUUGAGCCGUCGGUCCCGUUGUAUCCGCUGGUCAAUCUCGCUUGGAUUCCUGCAGGCAGGGACUGGUGUGCGGAAGCCGAGUCUGUGGAUGACUCUGAGCCUUGGCGAGCUUGGUGGUUGAGCGACCCAGCGACGCACCCGUACAACACCUGCUUCCGGACGCGUAACUUGGAAUUCAUGGUUUUCGCUCCCGCUGGUGUGGAUCCACGCCUAGUCGAGGAUGCUGUCGAUGAAGAUGUGGACCUCGACGAGCCUGCGCCUCCCCAGAUUUCGUCAAUUGCUCCGACUCCGGUCAACCGUGCAGGAAUCCACAUCUUCCAACAUUGUGAAGCUGGUGAGCUCGGCUGGGCCGCUGGCGAUGCGGAUUCGGCGUCUCCGUUGAUCGGGUCGCCUAACGCGUGCGGCCCUUCUCCCACGGCUUCCCUCUUUGGUCCGGCGUCGCCUGGGUCUCCAGCUGAGUCGAGCGCAGGAUCGAGUGUCCCUCUGGCUAACAACUCUGUUAUUCCGGCUUCAAGCUCAGCGGACUCGGCUGUGCAGACUGCGGGAGCAGCGGAUAGCUCGGCCGGCUCAGCUACGAACACUGGAGGUUCGAUUGGUCUCCUCGCAGCGGCUGCUGCUACCGUCGUGUCAUCUGCCGCGCAUUCACAGGGUCCUUCGUCUCCGUAA